UCCACAUCCAUGGCCACUGAUCCCAUGGCAGAGGAAAUACUGAGAGAUGACUUGAGGUUUUACUUCAUGAGCCCUUGUGAGAAGUACAGAACCCGGCGACAGUUACCAUGGAAAUUAGCAGUGCAAAUUUUGAAAAUAUUCAUGAUUACACUUCAGCUCAUACUGUUUGGGCUGAAUAAUCAGCUUGUGGUGUCCUACAAGGAGGAGAACCUCAUGGCCUUUAAGAGUUUGUUUCUGAAGGGCUACAGUGGUGUGGAUGAGGAUGACUACAGUAUUGCUGUCUAUACCAAACAGAGUGUAUAUGAUAGUUUACACUAUGUUAUAGAUCAG